CACUCUCGCGUUGUUUCCAUCUUAGGUUGGCUUUCUAGCACAGGCAGGAGAUGGAAGCUAAGGUACCCGGAAGUAGUGCAACCGUAAUGGCGGCUGGCGGAGCAGAAAAGGGACAGGUGGCUCCUUCUGGACCUGGAUCUCGGGGCUGGGUAAAGGGCGCCUACCGUUUCAUCACAGACCGUAAUGAUUUUCGCAGAAACCUUCUUGUCAAUCUGGGUCUUUUUGCCGCAGGCGUGUGGGUUGCCAGAAAUCUGACUGACUUUGAUUUGAUGGCUCCGCAACCAGGGCUGUGAGACAGACAAGGUUUCAUCAUG